AGACGGCCCCUAAAAAAGAAAACAGUCUAUUGUUCCAACAGCCGCUCUGCCCUGAACGGAUGGGGGGGGUGCAGUGCAGUGAUCGGCCACAGAGGGCGCUGCACGCACGGCAGGCCGGCCUCCGCGGCCUUCUCAUCUUUUUGUCUGAAAACAGGAUCCCUCUGCCGCUCUACAGUGUGUGCGAUAGCCUCGGAGCCGCGUCCGUAACACACUGUCAAACCACUCCAAACGAAUACAACCGCGACCAAUAAGCAUUAAUCGAACACGUCCCGCCAUGGCGUGCCUAAUCCGCCGGUAGGUCGCUCGUAUUUGGGACUGUUCGUUUGGAACUUAGAAUCGGGCUCGCUCGCUGUGUGCAUCAGUCUUUAUUAGCGAGCUGCCGCUCUUCUUGCUACCAGCUAUUUCUUUAACUUUUUAAACACUCAGCCUCGCGAAUGACUGAGCGCCGGCGGAGUAUGGGAUCCUUGGUGUCUUAGGAAGCGACUGAAGUGGGCUUUAACCGUUUUUGCAUGCAAAAACCAUGGCAAAUUCGACGGGGAAAAAUCUUCCAGCUCAGCGAAGGAAGGGACAGGCUUUCCUGGACGAGCUGCGGCAAUUUCACCAAAGCAGAGGAUCGCCGUUCAAGAAGAUUCCUAUCGUGGGUGGGAAAGAGCUGGAUCUGAACGCUCUCUAUUUCAGAGUCGUCUCUUUAGGUGGAUUUGCUAAGGUCUCUGACAAAAACCAAUGGAAUGAACUCGGGGAAGAGUUUAAUUUUCCAAGGAGUUGCUCCAACGCUGCAUUCGCUUUAAAACAGUACUACCUUCGAUACUUGGAGAAGUAUGAGCGAGUCCACCACUUCGGCGAGGAUGACGACGAAGCGCAGCCGGGGAACACCAAGACCUUUCUUCCAGUCGGAGCGAUUCCCACUUCUUACAACUACCAGCAACAUGUUGUAUCAGACUAUCUCCGCCAAAGCUACGGGCUGUCUACCGAUUUUAUUCCGCCGUGCGACUACAACAAACUGGUGCUGUCUCUCCUAUCGGGCCUGCCCAAUGAAGUGGACUUUGCUGUCAACGUUUGCACUCUGCUCUCCAACGAGAGCAAGCAUGCCAUGCAGCUGGACAAGGACCCCAAAUUGGUCACGUUGCUACUGGCCCACACUGGUGUCUUCGACGACUCGCUAGGCAGCUUCUCCGGGGUGUUUGGUACCGACUGGAAGGCGAAGACGGCCCGGGAUUUUAUCAGGUUUUGGAAGGAGGUGGUGCAGGAUGCGGAAGUCAGGGAGCUGAUCUGGGACAAGAGCAGCACAGCACAAGAUGGUACAUAUGUAGCCGAACGUUGGCAGAGCCUCUUCCACCCGCCGCGGAACCUGGGCAUCAGCGACAUGGAGGCCCAGCGGGUGCUGCAGGUCGGCGUCAUUCUGCGAAACCUCUCCUUCGAGGAGGCCAACGUUAAGCUGCUGGCGGGCAAUCGAACAUGCCUGCGGUUCCUUUUACUCUGUGCUCACUGUAACCUCAUCUCACUACGACAACUCGGGCUCGACACGCUGGGCAACGUGGCCGCUGAGCUCCAGCUCGAUCCGGUUGACUUUCGGAUGACCCAUCUGAUCUUUCACACAAUCACCAAAUGCUUAAUGUCCAGAGACAGGUUCCUGAAAAUGAGAGCCAUGGAGAUCCUAGGCAACCUGAGUAAAGCGGAGGACAACGGUGUGCUCAUCUGUGAGUAUGUGGACCAGGACUCGUACAGGGAGGUAAUGAUGCUCCUCACCCUGCCUGACCUCAUGCUCCUCAUGGCCUCGUUGGAGGUGCUCUACCUGUUGGCUCAGCUAGGAGAAGUUCCCUGCAGCAAGAUCGCCUCUGUGGACCGUAGCAUAGACCUCCUCGUGAGGUUAGUAUCCGUCGACCUUCAUACAUUUGGACCAGAUGCCCUAACAGCGGUGCGGUUGAUCGAGCAUCAAGCCAAUGCCGAACAGGCUACAGAGGUUCGACCGCAGCUGGUCGAGCAGAUACCUCCGGCCGUGCAGGGUGCGCCAGCUACGACAACACGGGCUCCUGUUCAGUCCACACAGCCUCCACCUGGUAUAGUCGAACUUGAUGGAGAAAAAUUUACAUUGCAAUGGCUAAAUGCACACUUCGAGACAAGCACUGAGGGAUCGGUGUCCCGGUCGGACAUGUACUCAGAGUACCUGUCCACGUGCAGCAAAAUGGGACGAAGUAACAUCUUGAACUCCACUGGCUUCCUCAAAUGUCUUCGGGCUGUGUUUCCCAAUCAUACCAUGCGGCGGCAGGAGGAAACCAAAGCCAAUGGCCCAGUUCACAUCCUCCUGGUGGGGAUAAGGCGGAGGUCAAUACCGCUGCCCGUCCAGCUGUUCUACCAGCAGCCUCAACAACAACAACAACAACCGGUGCCAGGUGCAGCACCAGCUCCUGCAGUUCGACCUGAAGCCCCUGCAGACCCCAAGGCUCAAUCUCCAGGUAAACCACAGUUAGGCAGGCCUCCUGGCCUCAGCGUAGGUGGCGCAACUCCAUCUGGGGCCGUCAAUGUGAAGGAGACACCCGUUGCAAGCCACCCAGCAGUUUCGCAUCAUCCGGGGAUCCCGCACGUGCCUCUGCAUUUACCACCAAAUACUCAGGCAUUAGUGCAGCAGCAAAUCCGUUCUGGUCCAGUGGUCCAGAUUCCAACAUCGGCACCGGCCUCCCAGAACCACAGCCCCCAAAACACAGCUGUCCCACCUUCGGUUCAGCAGCACUCCCCCAUGCUCCCCACCGGGACACCAGUCACCCUUUUUCAGCAGGUACCCCAGGGUCACAUACUCACCGCCAGGGUGCAAGGUAUUUGCCCCACAAUCUCCCAGCACCCGCCCCUCACUCAAACUCCACCUCUGUCCACAUCACAGGGAGCCUCUCCCCAAGUAGACCCUCAGUGUGGUGUGGCUGCAUCUGUACCCACUUCUUCCAUCCAGGUGGCAUCAAGUAAUCCGGGGGUGCUGACUUCCACGGGGUCACGUGUCACAUUUCAGAAUAUCGCCCCCAAACCAGCGCCAAACCAGCCCACUGGCCCAGCAGCUACAACAGCCAACCAGCAGCCUCAGACACAGGCACAGAGUGUGGUAAUAGUCGGUCCUCAGCAAAACCAAGCCUACACCCCUGCCAUACACCAAAUCGUUCUUGCCAACCCUUCUGCCAUUCCUGGUGCUCAGUCUAUCCAAAUACCAGGGCAGCCCGGAGCUUCUUCCAGCCCGUGCCCGCCUGCUGCGUCCCACCCCACUCCACAAGUCCAGCCCAAUCAAACUGUCAGCCAAGCACUGUCCAUAAAACGACAUCAACAAAUGAUUCCCCAAACUCCUCCCUCUCAGCCUACCUCCUCAGAGUCCAGCUUGAUCAAACAGCUUCUGCUUCCAAAGCGAGGGCCUUCCACGCCGGGUGGAAAGCUCAUCCUUCCUGCGCCACAGGUGCCCCCUCCCAACAGCACGAGUUCACAGGUCAUCUACCAGACGGCCUACACCCCCCAGGGCCCCCCUGCACAGCCUCAGCAGCUCAACGUUCAACUGGUUCCAAGCCAGGUCCAGCUCUUGCCAGGCCAGCUCAUCACGACAAGUACCCCAGCUGCAAUCAUCCAGGCCCCCAUGGCGACUGGACAAGUCACAUUUACUGUGGUCCCUAACACUGGCUUUACCACCUCCACUGCAGCUGUUGCCGCGGUCAGCCACGAUGCAGUUGCCCCGAGUGUCCUGUCACCUCCUUUCUCGCCCGGAACCUUACCCCAACAAGCUCCUGCAGUUCCGCCGCCGCAGUCUCCGCUCAGAGGCGACAAGAUCAUUUGUCAAAAGGAGGAGGAGGCCAAGGACGCCACCGGGUUGCACAUCCAUGAGCGAAAAAUCGAGGUGAUGGAGAACUCCUCGAUGGCAGAUGGAGACUCCUCCAAUGGGAAAACCAGUAACGGUGCUGUUGGAGUAGGUGCCAAGCUGCUAAAUGGUCGGAAGUGCAUGGAGUCUAAUCUACCUCCAUACCACUCAGGGAAUAGCCAGGGGACACUAAAUGGUCCAGCUGCGGAGAGUCCCGCUAAUGGGAAGCAGGCCCUCUCCCCAGGCCUCGAUGCUGCCUUGGAGGGGAACCCCGACUCUAAAAAGACACUGGUCAAUGGGGUGUGUGACGUUGACCGGGGCGACAUUGGUGUCAUUAGUAAAAACAUUCCAAAUCACAUUGCUUCCAAACAAUACUUGGGGAAUGGAGAGGUGGGUCCCAAUGAGAGGAGUCACAGCUCCAAUCCCCCUCCUCCCCUCCAGCAGGACACUGCCAAAGCCCAGCAGGCAGAGCGCCUGGCCAAUGGACCUCAGGCAGUCGGCACCAGGCCGCCCUCGGAAUUAACAAAUGGACCUUUGGGGCCUGGCCACGCUGUGCCUGUGCUAAGGCAGCAACUUCUCCCCAAUUCCAACCUUCCCCCCACAAUCCCCGUUACCUCCCAGAGCGCCGCCACCUCCCCUGCAAACGGAGUUGCCUCGGAAGCCCGGGGCAUCAAGAGGCCGGCUGAGAGCGAGGAUCGCACCGCGGCAGCCGCAUCCUCGGGGAUCCCCAGCAAGGUGGGAGUGCGGAUAAUCACCAUCAGCGACCCCAACAACGCGGGCAACAGUUCCACGAUGGUGGCCGUGCCCGCAGGAACAGACCCAAGCACAGUAGCCAAAGUAGCAAUAGAGAAUGCCAGUCAGCAGAGGAACUGCUCACCCACACAGGGAGGUGGUUCAACGCCUACUGUUACCCCGUCCCCGCCCCCCGCAACCCAGCCUGCACUAGCAGACAGCCCUCACCUCAUAUCAACGCAACAAGCCCCCACAGUACUGCCCGAGCAUAAUAGGAAAGCGGGGCAAAACUUCAAAUGUCUUUGGCAAUCCUGUAAACGGUGGUUCGAGACUCCAUCCAAAGUGUUUUACCACGCCGCAACGCAACAUGGAGGAAAGGAUGUAUAUGGAGGCCAGUGUCAGUGGGAGGGAUGUGAUCCUUUUCCGCGACAAAGACUGUCCUUCAUCACGCAUCUACAGGAUAAGCACUGUUCUCGGGAGGCGUUGCUGGCUGGACUCAAACUGGAGGAGCAGCAGGCACAAAGCCCCAACCCGACUUCUUCCCAGACGGCGCCGGUGACAGGCAGUACUCCAACAGCGCGACCACCGAAAGCAAUCGUCAAUCAUCCGAGCGCAGCUCUGAUGGCCCUCCGCAGAGGCUCUCGAAACCUGGUCUUUAGGGACUUCACAGAUGAGAAGGAGGGACCAGUGACCAAACACAUAAGACUAACUGCUGCCUUAACGUUAAAGAACAUCGCCAAGCACUCGGACUGUGGUCGCAUGCUGGUAAAGAAGCACGAGCCGCACCUCUCCGUGCUCGCACUAAGUAACAUGGAGGUCUCCACCACGCUCGCCAAAUGCCUUUAUGAACUGACACGCUCGCUCCAGGCCUAACGCCAAAAGGAUAGACAACCUCGAGAAACCCCUCCGUCACCCUCACACGUACACUGAGGUGAGAGGAGAAAGCCGCCGCUGAGCUGUAAGCGGGUCUGUAAGGAAGCGGCGCGCAGGAUCCGGCCUGAAGACCCUCCUUCUGCCACGCCUGCCGCCCCCGGCCCUCCCCUUCCCAACCGAUCCUCAGCUCCUUUAACCUGUGUUUGAAACCCCACCAUGUACCCUCGACCACACACUCAAAAACUGCCACGGGGUCUUCCACCAGCUGCCCAUCAGAGGGAGCUCUUUCUGACCGCUUCCCUGAGGGACUCCACCGACGAAACCCUGAGAAAAUGAGCACCAAACACGAGCACAUUUUAUCAAUGUUUUUCCUUCUUUCGUCCCAUGAACUGACGAGUGAGUUCUGACUGAAGGAAGAUCUCCGGGUUUUCGGGGUCCCCGUGUGAGAGGAGCGGGCUUUGGAAGAUGUCCCAUCAGGUUGGGAUGGAGGAGGACUUUGCUGGCAACUGGCACAGAAUUUAUUUUUUUUUUCUUCAAACUUGGUAGCUUGGUUUUCUUACUUGAGUCGAUAUAUUUUCAUUUAUUUAUUAUUGAAAUGAAUACCAUCACAAUUAAUGAAAUGAAUCUUGUAAAUAUGUUGUGAAUAUAUAUACAGAAGAUCCUCUUUGAUCACGAUGCAGCCACUGGAGAACUUGCUCUGUGGUGUAAUAGAAGUGUUACUUUGGUAGGAUUGAAUAAGUAGUGUUUUUGUUUGUUUGUUUGUUUGCUUUUUUUUUAUGAUCCCUGGUCACUUGUAUCUAAUGUGAUUCUAUACUCAGCAGUGGAUGAAUGUACUUUAAACCCUGUAAAUACUUCUGCAAAGGUACUGAUGCUGUAAAGCCUAGGGAGAGGAAAAAAAAAAACAGUUUUUUGUGGAAC